GUUACAUCACCGCUCCGAGAGGAGGCUGCUGGAUUUCUGAAAAAGACUCUGUGUCGCUUCUGAGGCGAAAUCCUGCAUCUUGGGGCUGCCGCAGGCUUAAGAAAGAUGCGUUAAGCUACUGAUCAGUAGGGACUUAGCAGGGGCACACAGUAAGUGCUACAUCAUACAAACGCGCUCCCUGUCUGCCUCCCAGAGAGCUGGAAAGUUAGCAGGCAGAUGCAGGCACCGCGUGUACGUCUCUGGGAGGCAGUCUGCGCAGCUCGGAGCUCCUCGGAGCCUCCCGAGAGCCCUUUUGGGGGAGAGGAUCCGUUCGCUGCUGCAUUCGCAGCCGACGUGCGUACCCCUGACUGUGCGCGCGCUUUUUUUUUCCCCCUUUCCACAACGUGUGUAUUUGUUACAACACCUUGGGAAGGAAAAGGGUGCUGCCUUUGCAAAGUUAGAUAACUGGCCCAGUUCUUCGCAGUCGGAUUGGCUGCGAGGGGCCCUGUAAAACCAUGCUGGCCAGCAGCCCGGCCCAGCCCUGCUCGGCUGCAAGCUAUUUCCACAAUUGGCCACUUCAGAGCGGGAGUGGGGGAGGUGAAGACAGCUGGGCAAACUGCAUCUCUGCCAGGCUGCUUCCCUUCCUCCUUGGGUUUUCUCAGGAGGGGUUGUUUGGCGCGCCCGCUCCGGGCGCCUCCGAACCCCUCUCGCAACGCCCAGGCGAGCGGGUUGCGGCGUUGGCGGCCCCGCUCCCGGCCCUCCCUCACCCGCGCAAAUCAGUCCCGGGACAGGACAUGUCAAGCUGCAACAGCGCUGGGGGCCCCGCUGCCCUGGACUUUCUGGAAGUCCUGAAGUCCCUGCUGGAGUACUCCUUACCCUGGACCAACAAAAUGACAGAUAAAGAGAAGGAGAAGAUAAAGCUUGAGGAAGAUGAGGCAGCAGCUGCCAGCACUAUGGCAGUCUCGGCUUCCCUUAUGCCACCCAUUUGGGACAAAACUAUUCCUUAUGAUGGAGAGUCUUUCCACCUGGAGUACAUGGAUCUGGAUGAGUUCCUCCUGGAGAACGGAAUUCCUUCCAGCCCUACUCACCUGGAUUUGAACCAGAAUCCACUCUUGCCUGUGGCUGAGCUGGAAGGAAAGGAGUCUGCCAGUGCUUCCACUGGUUCUCCCGCAUCAUCCUCUUCCACUGCAGUUUACCAGCAAUCUGAAGCAGCCUCCAGCACAGAAUCCCCGCUGCAGAAUGAGAGAAAUACACCCAGCCCCAUUGAUCCUGACUGUGUAGAAGUUGAGGUGAAUUUUAACCCUGACCCUGCUGAUUUAGUGCUGUCCAGCGUGCCUGGUGGUGAGCUCUUCAAUCCUCGCAAGCACAAGUUCACUGAAGAGGACCUGAAACCACAACCGAUGAUUAAAAAAGCAAAGAAGGUUUUUGUCCCAGACGAGCAAAAGGAUGAAAAAUACUGGACAAGGCGAAAGAAGAACAAUGUGGCAGCAAAGCGUUCCCGUGAUGCUCGGCGACUAAAGGAGAAUCAGAUAACAAUUCGUGCAGCCUUUCUUGAGAAAGAAAAUACAGCCCUGAGGACGGAGGUUGCAGAGCUGCGCAAGGAAGUGGGGCGAUGCAAGAACAUUGUUUCUAAAUACGAGACCAGAUACGGACCCUUUGACUUAUCUGAUUCCGAGUGAUGCAACUUUAAAGACUUUUAAAAACAAAGAAACUAAAAAGCACACAUGAAUCGCCAGUCUUCAGAGUGAGCAGUGAAAUCUAUGAGGUGUCCCAACACAAACAACUGACGAUGACCCUGCCUGCCUGCUUUCCUGCAAGUACCCCAUCUGAACUACCCAGGGCUGGGCAUGAUGAAAAGUGCAAAGUCUCUUUAAUUCUGUAUAUGGCUUUCUUAUCUGUCUUUCUCACUGUAACUAUGAACUACAACAAUAAGCUAGCUUACUGGGGUUUUGUCGAGAUGCUCAAAGUUCAUGUCUCAAAGUCUGUUGACAGCCUAUGUGAAUAGUGACUCUGUUUUGGCACUCGAGUGGAAGAAAAUAGAGAGUUUUAAAUGGAAGUGUCUGUAUAUAUUAAGAACUGCUAUAUUUUAAGACUUUUUUUUUCCUCUGCAGUAGAGUAAGUUGUACCUAAUACUGCAGCUCACUUCUGGUACAGCGUAGCAUCUUGUGGAGUACUGUGAGUGCAGAAUCAAAGACACCAAGCAAACAGCAGUCUGUGACGUGUAAGACUUCCAGUGCAGAAAAAUACAGCAGAUGUACUGAAACAAUCCAGAAAGCACCCCAGUGUGCCAUACAAAGAGGGGUAAUUAAUCUAUAUCUAAUGACCUGUGUAACAGUAAAGCACUGCUGUAACCCGCCUUUCCCUUUUUUCAAGGCUCAAUUUCUUUAAUAGUAUCUCACUAAAAGAAAAUCUAUUUCUCUGUAAUGAUUUAGCAAUCAUGGAAAAGGUGCUAGUCUGAGCUGCUGAUCCCCAUGUCUUUUGGCAGUCUGAGACUACCAAAUGAGUAUUAGCUCCAGCAAAACAAUGGCUAUUAGCUGCCAUACUACAGUUUUCUGUCUCUUGACUACAUGAGAACUGCGGUGGUGAAAGAGUACUUCGUUUGUUUGAUAAAUCCAAAACAGCCACUGAUUUCACAGCGUUACAAUGCACAGCUGAAGUAUCAGGGCCCUUGUACUGGUGUGCAGGAGUAGACGAAAGCUUAGGCAGCUGAUGGGGAUGUUUACUGUGUGUAGAAGAUGGAGAAAGUAGGUGGAAGUUCCUUUCGAAGAGCUUCAUCAGCCUAACAACAACUUACAUUUAUAUUGAAGAAGGUUAAGAGCAAUAACUUUUCAUUUCUGGGAUAGUACAGGGCCCUGCUUGUAGCCAAGAUGAAGCUUGUAAGAUGGGAGUGAAAGUACAGUGUAUUUAUGCCUGGAGAUUGAUAAACAGAGUACACCUCAAGAAGAAUAAUCCUAAAAGCUUUCAGAAGCACAAGUGCCCAAGUUAUGAGGCACAGCUAGUUACCAGCAAAGCUUGAUGCUAUCAGAUUGAACAAGUAUUCUGAAUUAGCACUUACCCAAGAGAUUCCACCCUUCUUUUCAGAGCAGAAAGACAACGAGAAAAAGAUGGAAAACAGCAAAUAAUGCUGUAAACUUAAUUAAGAAAAUCAAAAUUCAGAAUUCAUAACUAGCUUUCUGAAGGUAUAACCUUUGUAAAAGGCAUGUACGUUAAAUGCACUUAUUGACCGAUUAUUUUUAAUGGACCAUGUUCUGACGUCAAGAAAGUAUUUUUAACUUUUUUGUUAGUUACAAAAUUAUAUUAAGUGUACAGACAUAACUUGCAGUUCUAAAGUUCUGAGGUGAUCUUUGGGUAUCAUCCUCAGAAAGAUGAAUAGUUAACUCCAUGUUGCUGAAAUGUCAGCAUAUAUCACUACCUGUAGCAAAUACUGCAAAUUUGAACUGAUAUUUUUGGUAGUACUAUUUUUUUUUAUUUUGGUGGUAAAGGCCGUGCCAUGAAUCUUUUUUAAAAAUACUGACAGCGUGUAAAUAUAGCAACUCUUUUUCCAUUUAUCACUUCUAAAUUUUCAGUUGGCUUUGGCUAUUCUUGAAUGUCAUGCUUCGUGACAUGCUUAAAUGACAUGCUUAAAUCAAAGUUAAGGCAUAUUGUAACUGGGCAAGGAGUUGCUAGUCCUUCAGUUGGGUCUUGCUGUCUUACUGCUUUAGAACAUCUUUUAAACACAUAUAUUGUAUACGGGAUCUGGCUUUGCAGUAUGCCAUGCUAUUUUAACAGCAAAAUACUUGGUGAGUGUAGUAUGUGCAAUUCUAUUGUUUUUUUUCCUGUUGUAUUGAAAGUUUAUACAGUGGAAACUAACAGUGAAUGUUCAUUAGAUUUUUUUCUUUCUUUCACAGAAGACUGUUAGCAAAUUCUUCUACUUCCCUGUAGAACAGUACAAAUCUGCACGUUCUGUGAUUGUCUCUACAGGUUGCAAAACUGGAAAAUAACACUUCAGUGUGUGGUUUAACUCCUAUAGUUGGAGAUUUUUUUAAAGAAGGAUCUUCAAUGGUAGAUAAGAAGAUAGUAACUACAAAAGGGGUGUAGGUAUUUCCAGACAAAAAAAAUUGUGCAGUGCUGAUUUCCUUUCUCAGUUCUUGCAGUCUCAGGAAGUUAAACUUACUGCUUAGCAUGCUGCUCCUUUCAGAAUUACUAACUAAUAAUCAUGUUUCUUUGACUAGGAUGGCUAUCCUAUUUGUAAGUGAUAACUUGGACGCAUUUCUCACAGUGAUUGUAAGACCAAUAUUCUUUUAGCUCAGUUUGUGUUAAAAGAUGCUGAAUUGGCACUGUUAGUCUGAAGUUCUCUAACCUUGGGACAUGCUCUGUAGAGGCUGCAAGUGUGCCUAAUGCCAAUGUACCCCAUCCUAUCCAUCAAAGGGACCAUCUCCAAGGGGAGGGAAUAAAGGGAAUGCACCUUUUGGCAUCACUGCAGGGAUUGCCAUUAAAGGGAGCAGUUUUCACAUGUCUGUGCAUUCAUUAGGAAAUAGAGCGAAACCAAGCAGCCAUUGCACAGCACUAGCUUUCAAAAUACAUAAACUGUUGAUGGGAUGUUGGCAGUGUGUUGUCUUAUUUUACAGAAGAAAUUGACUAUGAAUAAGCGAUGAAUAACACUUAAGGCAGUAUUGUUUUCAUACAUGGUCUUCUAAUCUACACGGUUAGAUUUCCUUGUAAUAAUGCAUUUUUGUACUUAAAAAUUCCCUAAGAGUUAAAUCUUUCACCUGUUGCCACGAUCUGCUCCCACUGAAGCUGGUAACAAAGAUCUCAUUAACUCCACUGGAAAAAAAGCUUUAUUCUGAUGUGGUGAACAUGAAGUUGUAGCAAGCACUGGAGUUAUGGAUAUCUUUGCUUUACUCUGGAGCAUUCUGUGCUGGGAUCAGAUGGAUGUACGUCAGAUUGCAGGUGUAAUGUUGGUAAACUGAUCCGUCACUUGAUCAUUCAUAGAGUUUUGGUGUUCAGACAAUCUGAAAUCUGUUUCCUCACUCCUGCAUGGACUGGGUGGGAAAAAAAAAAAGUGUAUUAUAAGCUUGUGCUGGGAGAAGGAAUGCUUGUUAUUUUUUAAGACUGUUGUGUGGCUUUUUGUAGUUUUUUUGGUAACACUUUCUGUAAUUCCUGACAAUUUUCCACUUCCCUGCUGUGCUUUUUGAAAGCCUAAGGUAGUAUAGCUGUAGAAAUCACUUCCAGUGUUACCUGCAGGUUUGCUACUAAUCUUACCAAAUUUAUUUCACGUUGCGAGGUGUAGUGGAAGGCUAACAGCAACAGCUUUGAGAAUACUGUAAAAAAAAAAAAAGCCUACUUAUGUGUGUGGAGGGGAAAUAUAUAUAUUUUUAAGACAGCAGAAAUAGUGGACUAUAUAUUUUUUUAAGACAGCAGAAAUAAUGGACUUACACAGAAGACAAUAUUGCUGCUUAGCCUUGCAAACCUCUUCAGCAUAACAUGGCUUUCUUCCUUGUGAUCAGAUGCCUUCAUUUUUAGUGAGAGUGAAGGCAUCUUGGACCUUUAUAAAAACCCAGAUAGGAUUUUGUUCAUCCUUACUGUUUCUGCUAAUAAGCACAAGAUGAGAAAUGCAAAUUUGUCUUAAUGUAUAAAUCUUUUUUUAGUAACUCGCAUCUAAGUCCAUAAGCAGCAAAAUAAUUAAUGCUAGUAUUUUGCCUUUGCAUUACUAUAAGAUACUGGCUAGCUUUCUAGAUUUUCAGGUAAUUACUCUGACCUGUAUAUCUGCCACUGUAACACAGUGAAGAUGGAUAAACUUGCAACAAAGGACUGGGAAAAGGGUAGAAAGAAUAAGCUUAACUAAACUUCUGUGGAGAUGCUAACAUAAUACUAAUUGAGAAAUUAUAUUUUAAUUUUUGAUAAUGCAGAUUUGUCAUACAGAAUGUUAUUUUUAGUUUGGUAGUAUACUGUCCCCUAGUAAGUCCCUUUUGGAAUGCAGACUUCUGAACGUUGAAGCAGCAACAGGGGAAACGGAAUCAUUUGAGGAAGAUACACAUAUAGAUAUAAACAUAAAUAUACCUGGCAAGUGGAGCGAAGAAUGAAAGCAGGAAAAUAAGAGUACUGCAAGAUACUGACCUGAAUCAGAUUGCGAAAACGGAAGCCUUGCUGUUCACAAUUCUGUAGCAAUUUGGGUCCCCUGAGUUUAGCAUCACAGAUAAGACAAGUACUUGUUGACGUUUUCGAAUCUCCUUUUCUUGAUCUCAUUCCACAGUUCAGAAUAAAGUGAAAGGAAUAUACAGAUAGGGAGGAGAGUUACUGCAGAAAGGCGUGAAAAAAUUGCUAUUGCUUGAACGAAGUGUGCUGUUGCACUGGGACUUGACCUGCCCAUGUGAACUGAUAGUGCUGUGUCAUGAGGGAAUUACUAUCUGAGGCCCCAAUAUUUUAAGGCCUCAAUUCUGAUAUCAGUUCUGCAUGGGAUGAGCCCUAUGUCUAUAGAGAGCCAUGUGGAUUUCACAGGAUCUGUUCUUGAAUGUGAAGCUCUGCCCAGGCAGUCAGCUGCAGAAUUGUGUCCUUAACACACUGUCAGUUGUAGUUAUAAGGCUGUUCAUAUUAAAUGUAAUCUGGGUGCCUGUUACAUAGCCAAAACCCUUGUUACUUCAUUUUCCCAACUAAGGCAUGAGCAGAAGCCCUUUGCUGUACAACAUCUGUAAAAAUGUACUUCACAUCCAUCUAGUAAAUUAAGGCAUGUGAUUUUGGUCUGUGGGUCUCAACAAACUUUGCUCGUGUACCUGCCUGAAUGUUUCCUUAGAUCUGCAGCUAUGUCUCAGUGAGAAGGUAUGCUGGGAUUUGUUUUCCCGAGGGAGCACAAGAGCAGCUCUCAUCUGUAACACUGCAGGUGGCUGCUUGCUACUGGCCAGGAUCAUGGAAGGAUGCAUCCUCUUGCACUUUUAUGUGAAGUUGUCUAAAAUAUGGUGAUUAACAUGAUUAUUGAAAUACUGUAUUUUGUAUAACUUAGAACAUGUAAAUACACUUUUAAAACUGAUCUGUUCUAUGAAGUAAUAAAUAAGUGCUUCCAUUGUAAUACCUGAA